AUGGCUUCCUCUCAACAAAAUCCUCAAGGUUCUCAAAACAUUCCUGGUUCUUCCUCCUCAAAUGAAGAAAGGUACAUCGAACCCUCAAGAACUCUUCUCACACUCAUUGAUUCUCUGGAAGUUCUGUGUGAGCUUAUUGUUGAUUUCGUAAGCAUGAAGGAAAAUGGGUAUGAUUUGAUCCCUGAUGUUGAGUUACAAGGAUGGACUAAGUAUUUUGAUCGCCUCAUAGGUCACGAAGGUGGCGGUAUUCGAUGCAGUGAUAUGGCAGAUAAAAGUUCUGACCUAACCAAGGUCUCAAAGGAAAUUUUUACUUCUGGCCAAUCAUCCAACAAAAUCAAAUAUCUAAAGGAUUACCUCAGAAUUUGGUCCAAAAUAAUUCUGGAAUGCAUCAAUCACAGGAAGCCUACAAGUUCUCCAGACUACAUCAACAUUGAUCAAAAAGACAGGUCUGAAUCAAGAGCAUCAGGUGUCGCGCCCCAAUUAAGGUUUUGA